CUACUUUAUAAAAUCAGUUCCAAAACUCAACUCCCAAAUCUCGUAUUCACCACCUCCACCUCCACCUCCAACCUCCAUUUCCACCGCCGCGCCUCCAAACAUGGACGCCGUAUCGGAAUGGGGCAACACCCCUCUCGCCGCCGUGGACCCCGAGAUCCACGACCUCAUCGAGAAGGAGAAGCGCCGCCAGUGCCGCGGGAUUGAGCUCAUCGCCUCCGAGAACUUCACCUCCUUCGCCGUGAUCGAAGCCCUCGGCAGCGCGCUCACCAACAAGUACUCCGAGGGCAUGCCGGGCAAUCGCUACUACGGCGGCAACGAGUACAUCGACCAGAUCGAGAACCUCACCCGCUCGCGCGCCCUCCAGGCCUACCGCCUCGACCCAACUCAGUGGGGCGUCAAUGUCCAGCCCUACAGCGGCUCCCCAGCGAACUUCGCCGCCUACACGGCGGUGCUAAACCCGCACGACCGGAUCAUGGGGCUCGAUCUGCCCUCCGGCGGCCAUCUCACGCACGGCUACUACACCUCCGGUGGGAAGAAGAUCAGCGCCACGUCGAUCUACUUCGAGAGCUUGCCGUACAAGGUUGAUUCCAAGACCGGGUACAUUGAUUACGAUAAGUUGGAGGAGAAAGCGCUCGACUUCAGGCCCAAGUUGAUUAUCUGCGGAGGGAGUGCUUACCCUAGGGAUUGGGAUUACAAGAGAUUCAGGUCGGUUGCGGAUAAGUGCGGCGCGCUUCUUCUCUGCGAUAUGGCACACAUUAGCGGCCUCGUUGCUGCUCAGGAAGCCGCUGAUCCAUUUGAGUACUGCGACUUGGUAACGACGACCACUCACAAGAGUCUGAGGGGUCCAAGGGCGGGCAUGAUCUUCUACAGGAAAGGGCCAAAGCCAGCCAAGAAGGGGCAGCCCGAGGGUGCAAUUUACGACUUUGAGGAUAAGAUCAACUUUGCCGUCUUCCCCUCCCUUCAGGGCGGCCCCCAUAACCACCAGAUUGGUGCUCUUGCAGUAGCUCUGAAGCAGGCCAUGACCCCUGGUUUCAAGGUGUAUGCUAAGCAAGUGAGGGCGAAUGCAGUCGCACUCGGGAAUUAUCUCAUGAGCAAAGGGUACAUUCUUGUGACUGGUGGAACUGAGAAUCACUUGGUUCUAUGGGAUCUUCGACCUCUUGGUCUAACUGGAAACAAAGUUGAGAAACUCUGUGAUCUUUGCAACAUUACUGUUAACAAGAAUGCUGUGUUUGGUGACAGUAGUGCCUUGGCUCCUGGAGGAGUUCGCAUUGGUGCUCCUGCCAUGACAUCGAGGGGGUUGGUCGAGAAAGACUUCGAGCAGAUUGCUGAAUUCCUCCACCGGGCUGUCACCCUGACAUUGAAGAUCCAGAAGGAGCACGGUAAGCUACUGAAGGACUUCAACAAGGGCCUAGUGAACAACAAAGACAUUGAAGAGCUCAAGGCUGAUGUCGAAAAAUUCUCCUCUUCAUUCGAGAUGCCGGGCUUCCUCAUGUCAGAGAUGAAGUACAAAGACUAAUGCAUACGUCCUUCACAUUUUAAGGUUUUCUUGUUAUUUGAUUUGUGUAUCUUUCCUUUGAGUUCAACUAUUAGGCCCUCCUGUUUUUGAAUUAUAUAUCUUCGCUUUGUGUCAACUGUCAAAAAUAACUAAAAGAAGGGGAAAUAUAUGUAUGUACCCCACGUUGGUUUUCAAGCUCACCAAAUUCCCUAUGAAGUUGUAGUCCAUUCAAAUUUGAGGUGGAAUGUUUCCAAUAUAGCAUAUUGCUUUUAUUAUAA